AUGAAUGUCACCUUUAACACACCUGAGUCGCAGGCGACAGGCAUUUUAUGUCAGCAGUUGAUACUGGCUAUAUCGCAGUACCAAAAUUCCAAGUAUCAGGAUUGGUACUUGACGGAAGAUAGGAGUGUGACACCAAGUGUGAUCCUAAGUAGAGUUGAUUCAUUACAAGAGCAUUUCUUCGAUACUUAUGCAUUACUUAAUAAAUAUCCAUUGGAAGAGCAUCAAUUCUUGUGGUUGUAUUCAAUCAAUGAAUUGAUGAUACGUCUUCUUAGACUAAAGUCAAUAUAUUCUACGGGAAAGACGGAUUCUAGGUCUGCCUCUACCUCAGUGCCAGCUCCUCAAGGUCGCCCCACCAUGGGGAGAAGUAGCAGCAGCUCGUCCCAAGUCACCGUUAAUCUUAGAAAUCUCGAUUCCAAUUGUAGGGAAAUUACUGCAAAGCUAUCUAAGUUAUCAAAUGAUGUAGUCCCGCUUAUCAAAGAAUUUUUUGGAGAAACGUUGGUUAUUAGCAGGUUGCUUCGAACUGGAUCCACAUCGGUUUCGUCCCAACUAUUCAGUCUAGCAGAAUCGUCAUUGAAGAUCCUAACCGUUGAUUUAGAUGAAGAUAGUAAUAGUAGUCACUAUCUGUUCGAUCAUUCCAUUGUCACAUUGAAAUCAUUGGUCAGAUUUGUAAAAAGAUUUUAUGAUAUAUUGGAAGAUGCACCAAAGCAUUUGGCCCUUGCGUUACAUUUGGGAAUCUUUCCAAUACUUUCAGAGUGCAUUAAAGUUGCAUAUCAUAUCGAUGAACCCUGUGUUAUAAUUCCAUUGAUACAAUCCAAAAUUAUCAGUCCCACUUCUCCAUUGAAGUUGGUUGAAAAUUGCAUUUUAGACUUGGAUGUAUUGAUUGACUAUUACAGGUAUACGUCAUUCGCUAUGCUAGCAUUGUCAUUAGAAACUAGUCAGGUUAAUAACGACUACAAUGACUUGGCAGAUGUUUAUUUCAAAAUUCUUUUAAAGUUCCCAAGCUUAAAUUUAAGACUAUGGAAUAACUUGGAAAGUGCAAAGUCUCCAAUUGCAAAUUUUGGUUUUAAAUUGAAUAGUGAAGGUGGAAUAGAUGAUGAAUCUUCACUGUUGCAGCCUGUCCUUGAGGAUGACGAUGAAGAUGCAGUUCCUCCAAAUAGUAAUAUUGCUGGAUACAAUGACAUAACUGGCAUCCCAUCUGCUGCUGGAAAGACCUCUCUUUCACAGGAAACUAGAUAUCUUUCCAUGGAAGAUCGACAGGAAGUAUCUUUAUUGUACUUACUCAAUUACUUGCUUAAGUUAAAAGAUUUUAAAUCUUUAAUUUGUCCUGCAAAUUCGUUUACCAACGAAUUGCAUUUUUUGGUUACGACUUUAUCUACUACAAUAUCCGUCGACAUACAUAAUAGUGUAUCUAUUUCAUCGGGAAGUGUAUCUAUGUCUCAACUUUAUCAAAAAGAGCAAGAAAGAGAGAGAAAGAUAAGUACAAGCAGUAUUACCAGCUAUUCAAAUGGUGCUGGUGGUAUCUCAAAUCUGGGAUUAACAUUAGCGAGCACUUCAGUCAAAUGUAAAUCAAUUAGCUCCAUAUUAUUUCAUGGUACUUAUAAAGAAAAAUUAACAACGGUUAUAAAUUACUUUGAGACACUCCGGAAAGAUAAGUUUAGUGUCUCUACCCUCUUAUCUAAGUAUGCAUAUGUUGAAAAUGGAAAAGACAUGAUGGCAAUUGAAUCUGAAUUUGACAGGUUGGUUUGCAAUAUGGAGAGUGUGAGGUACCCAGGGAAAAUAAAAUAUGUUAAUGCAAUUCGUAAGGUCACAUCCAUUAUUAAAGCUACUUCAAUACUUCACUGGGUAAGGACCACAAAUAUCGAGAACAUACCGGAGGGUAUUUUGCAAAGAAAAUUUUCACUUGAAAAUCUACUUCAAGAGGACGAGAUCUUAAAGAAUUUGGUAGAGGUAAGAAAGGAACAUCAAGGAAAUGUUGUUAAUUUCCCUAAUAUUCAACAUCAAGGUGAGUCGGGAUCAAUUGACAAUGAAAUAACAAACCAAAUAGAAAUCAACGAACUUACUUUGAAGAUGAAUGCACUUAAAGAGAAACUAAAAUAA